AGACGGGCCGGGAGGACAUUCGGUAGAAUUGUCACAAUGAGGGUCAUCGUCGGCCUCCUGCUUUGUCUACCACCUGUACUCUAUGUGGCUCUUGUUGGCGGAGGGAGAGUAAGAAAAAGGUGCAAGCCUUUGGUGUUUCCAGACACGAUAAGGGAUUGCGACAAGGAGCCAAAUGCAGAAGGGCGGUACCCCAGUGGAACCGUCUGCAACUUUGAAUGCAGGUUGGGAUGUGUAAAGGACACAGGGGGCACAGAGAGGGUGUGCAAGGUCAAGGGCAGGUCAAAAUGGUGGACUGGAGGACGCGGACUGAAGUGUCGUUGCCGCCCAUGUGACGGUGCACCCAGCCACCCUGAAGGUUACACCAGUGAUUGCGGUGCAGCCACCUACCAAGCCGGCCACACAUGUGUCUUCACCUGCCCGGCCGGGAAUGUCAAGGUGUCCGGUGACGAGAGGAAAGUCUGCGUGAACAGCCACUGGAGGGGAGAAGACCUAGUGUGUGAAGAGAUAAAUGAAUGUAGCUCCGAUCCGUGUGCAAACGGCGGGAUUUGCAAUGACGGGGUUGACAGCUACACCUGUACUUGUGCCCCUGGCUACGAGGGAGAUCACUGUGAAACUGAUACAGACGAAUGUAGCUCCGAUCCGUGUGAAAACGGCGGGAUUUGCAAUGACGGGGUUGACAGCUACACCUGUACUUGUGCCCCUGGCUACGAGGGAGAUCACUGUGAAACUGAUACAGACGAAUGUAGCUCCGAUCCGUGUGCAAACGGCGGGACUUGCAAUGACGGGGUUGACAGCUACACCUGUACUUGUGCCCCUGGCUACGAGGGAGAUCACUGUGAAACUGUAACAUUUGAUGAAUGUGUUGACUGCAUCUGUGAAGUAGAGUCAAACUGCGAGAUGCCCGACCCACUGUGCCGCAUGGAUGGAGGCUCCCUCUCAUGUGGCCCAUUCCAAAUCAAGCUUGCUUACUGGACGGACGCUACACUGAAGGGUGGAGAACUGAUGGGUGUCGUGACGCUGUUGCUGGGUACAUGGCCCGGUAUGCCACUGAAGCCCGGCUUGGGCAUGAGCCCACCUGCGAGGAUUGGGCCCGCCUACACAAUGGUGGUCCAAACGGGCACCUAA